AGAGGCAGAGUUAUUCAGAGUCUGUGGUUUCCUUCCUGCCCCGCAUUAGACGGCGCUCAAACGGGAACCGGAAGUCAGGGCUGUCUCUCUCUCUCUCUCCCCCCCACCCCAUCUCUUGGAUCCCGGCGAAAACCUCAGCAAAUUGACCUCGGGGGAGGAGGACACAAGAAAUAAAGCCAAGCAGGUGAUGGGAACGACAUGGACAACUCUGUGAAGAAACAAGGGGUGUCACUGGAAAAGACCAACCAUGAAAUGAAGAAAGAGUCCUUUGGGAAUAAUCAAGAAGGACCAAGGAGAGAGGAGGAAAAGCAAGCGGAUUUCCAAGAAAUUCUAAUCCAACGAGAAGAUGACCAAGGAGAAGGAAAGAGGAAACAUCCUGUGUGUGGGAAAGCUGUCAGUUGCAAAUCAAGCCUUGAUAAACACUGCACCAAAACAUGCUUGGUGGAGCAGCUGAGUAUGUGCUCAGAACAUGGGAAGAACAUCAGGCAGAGCUCACAGCUUAUUUCCCAUCAAAGUACCCAGGCAGGGGAGAAUGCUGGGAAUGGAGAUGGGUCCAAGAUGCAGAACAGAAACCAAAUAGAGACUUUAAGAGAUGAAAAUGAUGCCUGUCAGAGUGGGGAUUCUCUCCUCAUUCCAGCAAUACAAGAAGAAAAGAAAAGAAAGGGAAGCAACAUGUGCCCUGCGAGGGCAAAGAUCUCUUGUAAUAGUUUAAGGCUCCAGACACGUCAGAGAAUCCACACAGUGUACAAAUGCUUGGAGUGCGGAAAGAGCUUUAGUCAAAGCUCAGAAUUUACAACCCAUCAAAGAAUCCACACAGGAGAGAAACGAUUUACAUGCUCAGAGUGUGGGAAAAGCUUCAAGCAGCAUACCACCCUGAUUACCCAUAAAAAAACCCACAAAAGAGAAAACAGAUUUAAAUGCCAAGUGUGUGGAAAGAGCUUCCUGCAUAAUGCACACCUCAUUGCCCAUAUCAGAAUCCACACAGGAGAGAAGCCAUUUCAGUGCCUGGUGUGUGGAAAAAACUUCAGUCAGAAAUCUUCCCUUACUACCCAUCAAAGACUCCACACUGGGGGGAAACCAUUUAAAUGCCUAGAAUGUGGAAUGUGCUUCAAUUACAGCACAGUGCUAACUACCCAUCAAAGAAUCCACACAGGGGAGAAACCAUAUCAGUGCUCAAUGUGUGGAAAGAGCUUCAGCCAGAAUGCUCACCUUAUUUCCCAUCAAAGAAUCCACACAGGGGAGAAACCAUUUAAAUGCCAGGAAUGUGAAAAGAGCUUCCUACAUAAUGCAUACCUCAUUGCCCAUAUCAGAAUCCACACAGGAGAGAAACCAUUUCAAUGCCUGGAGUGUGGAAAAAGCUUUAGUCAGAAAUCUUCCCUUACUACCCAUCAAAGACUCCACACUGGUGAAAAACCAUUUAAAUGCCUAGAGUGUGGAAUGUGCUUCAAUUACAGCACAGUGCUAACUGCCCACCAAAGAAUCCACACAGGAGAGAAACCAUAUCAGUGCUCAGUGUGUGGAAAGAGCUUCAGCCAGAAUGCUCACCUUAUUUCCCAUCAAAGAAUCCACACAGGGGAGAAGCCAUUUAAAUGCCACGAGUGUGAAAAGAGCUUCAUUUGCAGCUCAGGCCUCAAUUCCCAUCAAAGAAUCCAUACAGGGGCAAAACCUUUUAAAUGCCUGGAGUGUGGAAAGAGCUUUACUGACAGCUCUUACCUUACUAACCAUCAAAGAAUCCACACAGGGGAGAAGCCAUUUAUAUGCCUGGAGUGUGGAAAGAGCUUCCGUUGGAAGUCAGCCCUUACUUCUCAUCGAAGAAUCCACACAGGGGUGAAGCCCUUAAAAUGCCUGGAAUGUGGGAAGAGCUUUAGUCGCCGUGAACAUCUUACUGUCCAUCAAAGAAUGCAUACAGGGGAGAAACCGUAUAAAUGCCCAGAGUGUGGAAAGAGCUUCAGUCAAAGCUCAGGCCUUAGCACCCAUCAAAGAAUCCACACUGGGGAGAAACCAUAUAAAUGCUCGGAGUGUGGAAAGAGCUUCUGUGAGAGCUCACGCCUUACUCAACAUCUAAGAGUGCACACAGGGGAGAAACCAUACAAAUGCCUGGAGUGUGGAAAGAGCUUCCGUCGUAGUGGACACCUUAGUACCCAUCACAGAAUCCACACGGGGGAGAAACCAUGUAAAUGCCUGGAUUGUGGAAAGAGCUUCACUGAGAGCUCAAGCCUUAUGAAACAUCAAAGAGUGCACACAGGGGAAAAACCGUACAAAUGCUUGGAGUGUGGAAAGAGCUUCAGUCAUACUUCAGCCCUUUCUAGUCAUCACAAAAUCCACACAGGCGAGAAACCUUUUAAAUGCCAGAAAUGUGGAAAGAGUUUCAUCCAGAAGACAAACCUCAAUAAACAUCAACGGGUUCACACGGGACGGAAAACCUCUUAAUGCUGACAGUGUGAAAACGCUACAGUCAGAGCAAGCCCCUUACAUCCCGUCUAGAUUUGCAUGCAGUGGAGAUAUCUCUUGUGAUGAAACUGCCCUCAGUAUCUUCUUGGUUGUAAUACUGUAUUACUCUUAAGCCACUGCUAAUGGGAAGGUCCCACAUGAAUUUUAACAUGGCCCAGGUUUCCCCUCAUAUGAAGCCAGAUGGUCACCCAGAAUACAGAAACCACAAUGGUUUGCCCAAAUAAUCAAAGUUCCCCCACGCCAUUUCUCAGGGGGUGGGAAUCCUAAUUUCUGCCCUGAGCCAUUUUUGGUGGGGUGGUAUAUAAAUCAAAUAAAAUAACUGAUUUUGGAAUACCAUGUAUAGAAAUGUAAACCGAAAAAGUGCAUCUGGAUGGAACUUUGGUCUUUGAUAUCCAGUCUUUUGGUCUGUAGCAUGGUUUCUUGACCUUGGGUUCCCAUAUGCUGUUGGACUACAACUCUUCUCAUCUCCAGCCACAAAGGCCAUGGCUGUGGAUGAUGGGAGUUGGAGUCCAACAUCAUCUGGUGACCCAAGGUUAAGAAACCCUUGUCUGUAGUCUUAACAUAUGUCCACAUCUAACCUUCUGUGUUUGCAUCUGAUGGAAAGUCACCUUAGCCACAUCCUGUCCAUUUGGUCAGAAUAAUGUUGAGUCAUGGUUACUUUUAUCGUAAAUCACUCUGGAAUUUCAAUAAAAGGCAAGAUGUUUUUCUUUUUAAAAAUUAAUAAUCGCCAGGUGGAUUUCUUGAUGUUCUCAGAUGAAGUGAUACAUCUGUAAGCAUCUUGAUAAUGAUACUUGAUUGCAUUGUUCAGACCAUACACACAAGAGUUUUCUUCAUGGACAGAUCAGCUUGCUUUUCAGUGGAUUUAAUAGAUGCCUGGAAGAGAGAACAAGAACAUCACUGAAGAGGUUCUUCCCAAAAGGAGGUUGGAGUUAAAAUUCUCUUUAACUCUAAAGGAGUUAAAGAGAAUUCAGAAUUCAACAUAGAAUAAUUGACCUUGUUAUGAAACCAGUUUGCUAACCAAAAUGUCUUGAGGAACUUUGUCAAAUGCUUUGCUGAAAUCAAGAUAAAUUACAUCCCCAGAUGUAAGAUAAAUUACAUUCCCACAAUCCACUAAGCUAGUAAUUCAAUCAUACAAGAGAUAAAUUAGUCUGAUAGGAUUUACUCUCAAAAAAUCUAUUCUGUGCAGAUCCGUGCACAGCUUUAUCUAUGGGUGGAUAAGAAUCACCAUAAAAUGUGUAGCUAAGCAUUUGACCUCUGGUUGCCCUGGUGAAGAAUGACUGUGGCAUUUUUCACAUAACUGAGUGGGUUCAAGCUAGCUGACCACAGAGAAUAAGAGAAAACUGAAAUCUACCAGAUUGUCAUUGUUACAGAAGAUAAACCUCAGCUUUAGUGGAUACAGGGCAAACAACUUGAUCAAAGUUAUGGACUAAAUGAGAGGAGGGAGUUAGGAGAAGAGGUUGAGUUUACCAGAACCAGAGAAGAGAUGGGCCAGUUACAAAAACUGAGCAGGCACAAAGAACUACCUGUUUCAGAUAAGCCAGGCAUAAGGUAGAAUAAAACAUGUUACUGAAAAUGGUCUUUGAUUCCUACAAGGUGGGGCUAUAAAUGAGAUCCACUAUUUUGGUCACCUCAUGCUUAGCAUGCUAUCUGGUUGAUGUUGCAAUUCUUUUGGGGUCUGCAGCCUGCCAUCUUAAUGUGAUGUAAUAAAUGAUUUUUAAAAACCCA